AUGCUUAAGUCAACUCAACAAUCUUUAUUUAAUUCAUUUUUUUUCUUUCAACCCUGCGUAGGCUAUUUAACAAUUGGAAUACCUACUGUCAAGAGAGCCAGUGCUGAUUACUUAUUCAAGACGUUAACAUCUUUAAUUAAUAACUUGAAUGGCAAAGAUCAGAAAAUGGUUAAUAUUAUUGUAUUUCUUGCCGAUUUUGAUCCACUAUAUAAGUUAAAACGAGUACAAGAGUUAAAGAAAACUUAUCAACCUUGGUUAGAAUCAGGCUUAGUGCAAAUUAUUCAAGCUCCACGCUGGUAUUAUCCAAAGUUGCGUAAUUUAAAGCGUAACUAUAACGAUUCGCCUGAUCGUGUAUUUUGGAGAUCCAAACAGUGUAUCGACUAUGCCUUCCUAUUUGAAUAUUCAGCUACUCUUUCACAGUAUUACAUGCAAUUAGAGGACGAUGUUGUUACCUUUCACGGCUACUUCGAUAUAAUUCGUGACUAUAUUCAUCGACAGCGACAUAAAAAUUGGAGCAGCAUUCAUUUUUCUACAUUAGGUUAUAUCGGUAAAUUAUACCGAAGUAGUGAUAUUGUUGAAUUAGGACGUUUUUUCUACAUGUUUUAUGACGAGCAUCCAGUAGAUUAUCUCAUCAAUUUUUACAGUAACUUGAAAAUGUUACCAAGUAAUUUAGUUUAUUUACCAUCAUUAUUUCAACAUAUUGGUAUUAAAUCUUCGCUGAAAGGAAAAUCCCAGCCAUUAAAGGACAUACAAUUUGCCCUUGCUCGUGUCUAUAAUAGUAAUAAUCCACCAGCAAAAGUUACUACAACAUUGCAAAGUUAUGGUGGAACUGAACCAGAAUUUGCUUACGGUAAAACUGUAACGUAUUAUUGGUGUAAACAGCCUCGAGCGAAAGAUACAAUUACCAUCAUAUUUCAUAGUCCUAUCAAAUUAAAACGGGUAGCUGUAUUAACUGGUGACAAGGCCAGGCGACGAGAUUGCUUACACACUGCCGAAUUGCAAGUUUCUUCUACUUAUUACCUUCAACAAUGUAUUAGCUGGAAUAAAAUUGGCGAUUUCAAAAGAAAUGGUAACGUAGACAUUGAUGUGACUAACCUUAAUCAAUCGCCGUUUAAAAAUCCAAUCCGUUGUGUUAGAAUUUAUAUACCUAAUAAAUAUCGCAAUUGGGUGAUAUUACGCGAAAUUGCAAUUUGGUCUGAAGCAAUUGAGUAA